CUGCGGCAGCGGGGACAGAGGCACCGAGGGACCCGGCGUGGACCGCGGAGAUGCUGGGCAUGGUGGCCGGAAUGACCAACAGCAACAUGGCCAAUGCCUUGGCCAGCGCCACAUGUGAGCGCUGCAAGGGAGGCUUUGCACCUGAGAAGAUCGUGAACAGUAAUGGCGAGCUGUACCAUGAACAGUGCUUCGUGUGAGCUCAGUGCUUCCAGCAAUUCCCAGAAGGACUCUUCUAUGAGUUUGAAGGAAGGAAGUACUGUGAGCAUGAUUUCCAGAUGCUCUUUGCUCCCUGCUGCCACCAGUGUGGUGAAUUCAUCAUUGGUCGGGUUAUUAAAGCCAUGAACAACAGCUGGCAUCCUGAGUGCUUUCGAUAUGACCUCUGCCAGGAAGUGCUGGCAGACAUAGGGUUUGUCAAGAAUGCUGGCAGACACCUGUGUCGUCCAUGUCAUAAUCGUGAAAAGGCCAGAGGCCUUGGGAAAUAUAUCUGUCAGAAAUGCCAUGCCAUCAUUGAUGAACAGCCUCUGAUCUUCAAGAAUGACCCUUACCAUCCAGACCACCUCAACUUUGCCAACUGCGGGAAGGAGCUAACUGCUGAUUCCCGGGAGCUGAAAGGGGAGCUGUACUGUCUGCCAUAUCAUGAUAAGAUGGGAGUCCCUAUCUGUGGUGCUUGUCGGAGGCCCAUUGAAGGGCAAGUAGUGAAUGCCAUGGGCAAGCAAUGGCAUGUGGAGCAUUUUGUUUGUGCAAAAUGUGAAAAGCCAUUUCUUGGACAUCGCCAUUAUGAGAGGAAGGGCUUGGCUUAUUGUGAAACUCACUAUAAUCAGCUAUUCGGUGAUGUCUGUUUCCACUGCAACCGUGUAAUAGAAGGGGACGUGGUCUCUGCCCUCAACAAGGCCUGGUGUAUGAGCUGCUUUGCCUGUUCCACCUGCAAUACCAAGUUAACACUCAAGAAUAAAUUUGUGGAGUUUGACAUGAAGCCAGUCUGUAAAAAGUGCUAUGAGAAAUUCCCACUGGAAUUGAAGAAAAGACUUAAGAAACUGGCUGAGACUUUAGGGAGGAAGUAACUUCUGGUUGGUUUGUUUUGUUCUGUUCUGUCUUCUAACCUAUAGUACUUAACUUGACCCACCCUUAUCUAAAGGUGGAUCAAAGCAUUAGAAUGCUUUUCUUCACUUCCCUUUUCUGAUUUAAAAAGAAAACAUAUCUAUUCUGAUAUAAAACACAGAUGAAAUCAAGACUUUAGCCUUAGCAGUCUGUGGACUAUUUAAAAAAUAAAGAGGAAAGAAAAUAAAAUUAAAAAAAAAAAACAUGUUAAUGGGUAAUUUUGAUUAAGCCUUGUCUUCCAAA